AUGUGGCUAGUAUUUUCCCUGGGCGCUUAUAUUAUCAUUGGAAUGGUGCACACAGCUAAUGCAUUCCUCGAACAGAGCGUACGCGUCAAGGGACGACUUCUAUGCGGUUCUCAGCCAGCUUCCAGUAUCCUGGUGAAAUUGGUCGAUAAAGAUAAUGGUGUGACUUCAGACGACUUGAUGGCUUCGUCUUAUACAGAUAGUGGUGGCAAGUUUGAUUUACAUGGCAAUUCAUAUGAAUUAUCGACGAUUGAUCCCGAAAUUCGGAUUUAUCAUGAUUGCAACGAUUACGGAAGAGGACCAAGUUUAGCUGUUAACCGACUGACACUGAAGCCCGAACAGAGUGCUCAAUGGCAGCAUCAACUCUUCCGGUUACGUCCAGCUAGGCAUGGUGGAGAUGCUGAAGAGAGGAAUGUGAAAGGACGCACGGUCGUUCUUACUUCAAAGAGUCAUCGAGAAAAAGUAAGAAAUCCUUGGCGAUAUAACUGGAAAUGA